AUGGUGAAUGAGGCUGCUGCAUCGUUAUCGCCCAAUCGAGCGGAGUUCCAUCCGACAAUCCACGCCGUGCCAUUCGACGACACUGUCGCCGUUGACACUCCUCUUGCGAUUCGGUCGGUCUCGUUGCCCACCCCAGUCGAUGCGCCAAUAACCUCCAAUGGUCGAUCUUUGAGUACAAGCGCCGCCUCACUUGGUCCCAGUGAUGAGCAGUCGACCUUGCGGAUGUUCUCACGCCUCGCACCCUCUGUAUCCGUUGGAGAUGACACCCGAACCGUUCGAUCAGAGGGCACGCCCUCGCUGCGCAGCGUCCCCAGCAUUAUUGUGAAUGAACCGAGUGCUCGUCCUAGCUCACGACCGGGCUCACGACCGGGCUCGAGACCAGGGUCGCGGUGGUCUGAACGCAAGUGGGGUGGAUUGAGAAAACGGUCACUCGAAAUGGAGAGGAAACUUAGCUCGGAAGAGCCUCCACCAGUGCCUCAGAUUCAACACUCGUUCGCUGGCAUUCCUUUGGAUAUACCGACAGCAUCCUUGGAAUCAUUGAACAAGCCGAUGAACUUCUCACUCCGGGGAAGUUUGAUCAAAAGUCAGGCGAAACGUCCACACCCAAAAGCACCCAAGGAGCACCUUGAAGCGCACCCUGAGCAACGGUCGCACCCUGAGCAACAGUCAGGCCUCGAGCAACGGUCAGUCCCCGAGCAACAAUCAGUCCUUGAGCAACAGUCGGUUCCUGAGCAACAGUCGGUCCCUGAGCAACAGUCGGUCCCCGAGCAACGGUCAGACAAACCACCCUUACAAAAGCCUGAAGAGGAAUACAUUAAAGACUCGGUCUCGCCACCUCAGGAGAAGUCGGACGAGCUUUCUGAUGAACGGCUCGACCGACAGCCGUCUGAACGGACGCUGUCAAGUUCCGUUACCACCAGCCAACCGGAAGAAGAAAAUGAAACACCCAAAGUGGUUCCACGGCGGGUCAAGCGUCCGAGUACCCUUCGUCCGAGGCAGACAAGUCUUCCUACCAGAGCAAUUUCGGCCGACGAAGAUAUGUUGUCACGCCGAGUCCGCCUCAUGUACGAGAAAGGUGACGAAAACGUAACUGACUCCGAGGUUGCAAGGGCACUGGCUUCCGAACAUGGGGUAUUAUGGGAAGAGGGUGCGAUUUCGGAUACUGAAACUUCUGGGAUUCCCGGAAUUUGCAUGAAUGAGACUGGAACUGAGACAAAACCAAGGGCAUCUGCCGAGGUAGAAAGUAUCCGCAUCAAGAGGGAAACUCAGGAGCUAGCGGGUGGUGCUGAGUAUUGGCAAAAUGUCGGGGUCGAAGAAGUCGAUCGUUAUGGCUUCAUUCGACCUGCGAAGAACUCGAAUGGCUCCGAAAUUAAUCCUCUCCAGCGAGUCACAACUAGCCUUCUGUUGGCCUCUGAGACACCCCGGCGGAAGCGUUCAAUUCGCCCACCGACUGCUCCAGCGAGCAAUCGUUCCUUCAAUGCCCCGUCUUUGGUCCGCAAGAUGUCCCAAACUUCCUUAGGGACUCGCCCAUCUUCGUCCCAAAGCAAUUAUGGUCCGCCAUUGCGCCGCUCCACAUCUCGUUUGCGCGCGGCAACCAAUCGUUUGCCUUACAACCGAGACCGAAAAGCGAAAGACGAGGCGGCUGACAUGCUCACUCUGCCUAACCCCUCAAAUUCCGGCACGAGAGAUGAUGCACCGCUUACUCGUGCAAUGCGAAGGAAGGAGUGGGAGCGUGAAGAUAAGUGGACCAAGAUGGCUAAACCGACUAAGAAGACCAAAGAUGGUGGCGGUAUGACCUUUGAGUUCGAUACUAAGAGCUCGAAGUUGAUUGAGCGGACAUGGAAAGGCAUUCCAGAUCGGUGGCGGUCAACAGCCUGGUACUCAUUCCUUGAAGCUAGUGCCCGGCGCCACAAGGGUAGUGCACCUGCGGGCGAGCUCAUUGAAGCAUACAACGAGCUUCAAUUCAUCUCAUCCCCAGAUGAUGUUCAAAUUGACAUCGAUGUACCGCGAACGAUUUCCAGCCAUAUAAUGUUUCGGAGACGCUACAGGGGUGGCCAAAGACUGCUGUUCCGUGUUCUUCACGCGAUGUCAUUAUACUUCCCUGACACAGGCUACGUCCAGGGCAUGGCGACUCUCGCAGCUACACUACUUGCGUAUUAUGACGAGGAGCAUGCCUUCGUUAUGUUCGUCAGAUUAUGGCAGUUACGGGGUUUAGAAGAGUUAUAUAGGUCUGGUUUUGCUGGUUUGAUGGAGGCUUUGGCUGACUUUGAACGAGAGUGGCUGGCCGGAGGUGAAGUGGCCACGAAACUGAACGAGGUUGGAAUCUCACCUACAGCCUAUGGCACUCGGUGGUACCUCACUCUAUUUAAUUACACAAUUCCCUUCCCGGCUCAGCUGCGGGUGUGGGAUGUUUUCAUGCUCCUUGGAGAUGCCGAAGACAACACUGGUCGACCCGCCACCUCCGCAGGGAAGGGUAGACACUCGCCUGAUGAUGAAGAUGAAAACCCAAGAACAUUCGGACAGGGCCUUGACGUCUUGCAUGCAUCCUCUGCAGCAUUGAUUGAUGGCAUGCGCGAAAUAAUUCUCGAUUCCGACUUUGAGAACAUUAUGAAAGUCCUCACCAGCUGGGUGCCUAUCAAAGACACCGAAAUGUUUAUGCGUGUGGCUAAAGCGGAAUGGAAGGUCCACCGUCGCAGGAAAGCCUCCUAA